CUCUCAUUUAAAUAAAACGGACUGCAAUGGCUUGGAAGAGUUUACUGCUAUAAUAUAUUCUUAAUUUUUAUUUAAGUCAUAGGAACCAACCCGGAUUUUCCUGACUGAUUUCAAUUGUUCCAGCCAAAUCUGUUUUAUUUACAGCUGUCAAUCCAAAGCCUCCCACGUGGUCUUCAGGGCGGGCGCAUCUCGACUAGUUGAAUGUGCAACUUUUAGGGGGGCAGUUGCACUUGCACGUGCAUGUAGGAUACUCAUCAGAAAACAGCGUCCUGGAAGUCUGGAGGCGCGUCUUCUCCGGCAUCCAGAUUACUCCCAUCUGGUGUAAACCCAGUGCGCGCUUUUGCUGCCUCUUAUUCCAGGACUAAUUUCAGUCAGCGCUUUGAACCCCGAGCGCACUGCGCUGUGGUGGAGUGUGAGUGCGUUUAGUUCGCUCUGGGAGCCUGAAUACGGUUUAUAUUUUAACAACGCCAAACACAACAAAGUAUUUUGGCCAUUUCUCUUGAGCAAGAGGACUUUGAAGUAGGAUCGCACCAUGGAUACGGUCGGCGACUCUAUCGGAGAAAGUAAGCCGGUGUGCCAGUGUACCCGCAAGUCCCGGAGCCAGCGAUGGGUGCCAGGUUUCCCCAUCGCUCUGUGCUUGCUGAUGUCGAUGAGCUCCAUCACCGUGUGUCUUCUGAUGAGCUUGAAGACCUAUCAGCUGGAGAACCGACUGCAGAUGGAGUUGGACAAGGCGUCUAUCUUCCAACACCCGAACAGGGCGUUCGUAAACGAGGAUGGGACCCUACUGUCAGAGUUGAGCGCCCCAAUAGGAAAGCUCGUGGAAGAGAAAGUGGUGGCUCUGACGCCAAAAGUGCGGCCAGCGAGGGAUGUUGGCCAAGAGUGCUCCUGUCCUCCAGGGCCUCCAGGAAAACGUGGAAGGAUGGGAAGAAGAGGGGAACCUGGGCCUCCUGGCAAGGCUGGACGGGAUGGAUACCCGGGUCCACUUGGCUUAGAUGGCAAACCAGGUCCACCAGGGCUGAAGGGAAGCCAGGGACCAGCCGGACCCAAGGGAGAAAAGGGUGACCAAGGAGACAUUGGGCCAAGGAUGGUUUUCCCCAGAACUGACCACGGCUUUCUCUCUCGAGAGCCGACCAACAGCUUUCAGAGACUCUUUCUGAAGGGUGAUCAGGGUCAGGCUGGACCCGCUGGUCCUCCCGGUCCUCCAGGUCCUCCAGGUCCCCGUGGCCCCCCUGGGAACACUGGAAAAGAUGGACCUCGUGGUCUUCCCGGAGAGCCAGGUUUUCCUGGUCGCGAUGGAGCUGAGGGGCCACAGGGACUGCCUGGGAAGCCGGGAGAAAAUGGGCAGCCUGGUUAUCCAGGACAACAGGGUCCCCCGGGGGAAAAGGGCGAGCCUGGGACUGCAGAAAAAGGAGAGCGAGGCAUGGAUGGACUUCCAGGAUUAAAGGGUGACAGAGGAGAGCAAGGACUACAGGGACCCAUGGGUUUUCCUGGUGAGAAGGGCACCCCGGGCGCUUCAGACAUCAUCGACUUCAAUGGGAAGCUUCUAGAUGCUUUGCAGGCCAUCAACACCAUCAGUGUUUCGGGCCCACCUGGACCACCAGGACCUCCAGGACCUCCAGGGGAAAAGGGUGAGCUCGGGUUACCUGGACCAGCAGGAGUUGACGGGGAGAAGGGACCCAAAGGUGACAUGGGUGAGGCAGGACCUCCCGGCAUGAGAGGAGAGAAAGGAGAGAUGGGUCUCUCUGGGCCUACUGGUAUGGAUGGACAGAAAGGAGAAAAAGGCGACUGCAGACUAGAUGACAACUUGGUUCAGAUGAUUUCCCAGCCAGGCCCACCUGGCCCACCAGGCCCACCGGGAGUACCUGGGCACCCUGGAUCCAUGGGGCUGCAUGGAAUGCCUGGUCCUAAGGGUGAACCAGGAGUGGGGAUAAAGGGAGAGAAGGGAGACAGUGGACCUCCUGGAUCCAGAGGAUCAGAUGGCCUCCAAGGUCCACCUGGGUCUCCAGGCUUAGUGGGCCUUCCUGGUGCCAAGGGAGAAAAAGGAAGACCAGGAGAGCCUGGACUAGAUGGUUUCCCAGGCCUGAGGGGAGAAAAAGGUGAUCGAGGCGAAAAAGGAGACAAGGGUGACAGAGGAACAGUAGGGAAGAGAGGUCUAAAGGGCCAGAAGGGUGAACAAGGUCCUCCGGGUCUGGACCAGCCUUGUCCUGUGGGACGUGACGGGCUACCCAUACCGGGCUGCUGGCACAAGUGAUUACUAACCAGCAGCAUGGAAUCUGUACAUAUUGAUGUGGUAUAUAUUGCAACAGAAUACUAUGCCAACAACCCCACUCCCUUUUUUCCUUUUUUAUAAAAUCCUAUUAUAUAAUAUAUUGAGACUUUGAGAACAAGGACAUUUUUGGGUCUACAGUAUUAAAAAAAAUGUUUAAACUCGAGAUCCGGUGUUGUUGUUGUGAAAGCAGCCAUGCUUUUGAAGAGACUGACGUGACGUGGCCGUGAGACUCUUAGUUUGGAGGACAGUCCAGAUGCCAGUGUUGGAGUAGAGGAGUGCCUAACUAACAAAGCCUGCCUUGUUGCCUGAUUGUCGUGUGCGCACUCGUCCAUUCUCACAGGAUGGAUGGAUGCUUGGACGGAUGGACGUUAUUUCGUGGCGGAUGCAAGAGUGUGUUGUCAGUACUCUCUUGUCCUCUCUCUGUUUUUGUUUUAAAAGGAGGAAAUGGCAAGGCAGAAGCUCAAACGCAAGCGUCUCUCUCAGCCCUGAAACGGUGGGGGGCCCGGUUGGAGUAAGGACACGCAGAAAUCACAAGGGGCUGAUUUGCUUUUUGAAGCAGAGCCGGCCAUGUAAUGCCCCUGUGUCAAACCGAACUCUCACAUCCUCCGACAUGGAAUCUCUCCAAGAGGACGCAAACACUGCGUUUCCACAUUCACCUCAGAGGGAAAGAUAAACCUGCUUCUGAUGAUGUUUUGCAAAGGCUUGAGGUUUUUUGAGAGUCAAUGAUGUCACUGGCACAUAAGGAAGGAUUUACUGUGCAGAUAGUUUGAACAUGUUAUGGUGAUCUCUUAAAUUAAUCUUAAGUCAGUAAGUAAGUUUUCACUAAUGCAUGAUCAUAACAGUUUUGUAUAACAUGCUAUCAGCUUGUAUGACUUGUGGUCCCUCAUUGAAACCUCAAAGUGCAUUAAUUUUUACAUACAAUAAGCAUUUUUAAAUGAACAAGCCACUCAGAAAUGUUAGUCCACUUUUUUACGGCUUACGUUUAUGAUGACUUGUGCCGUUUUGUUUUAUUUUGGUAUAUUUUUACCUAUCGCCAGUCUCAUUUUUGCAUUCCUGUGCAUUACCAUGAUUGUGAGAUGACUAGGUAGUGAAACUUUAAGGUCAGAUUUGAAGGAACCAUUAACAGUAUUCAUAAUAAACCAGUGUUUCAGUUGUUUGACAAAUGAUUGCCAAUCUUGAUGCAUUUUGACUGAUUGUUAUAUUUUAGUCACGGAAAGAAAGGAAAAGAUGUUUAAUUACUGCUGCCAGUCUUUCCUGGACAACAGUAGAAGUCCUUGCUGCUGACUUAAAUGUUUGUUGUUUGUUAGAUAGCUUUGAAUCAGUCAUGGAAUGCAGGACUAAUGCUCUAAAGAAGAAACCUUUAAUCAAACAUGCACAUAGCAGUUGUUUUGGCGGGUAGUUUCUUUUUCAUUCAGCAAGAUCUCAGCACAGUGGUUCUAAAGUCUUUGCAGUCAGAUGACUUCAGCUAGUUUGUGGUUUUUGUAGUACAUUUUCCUCAGACUUACUCAUUUAUUGGUGCUUAAAUACUUUUGUGUACUGUUCAAAUAAGACACAGACCCGCACAAAUGCACACCUUUUAAAGAACUGUAAAACAAAUGGUGAAAUGGUAAUCUGUGUUGGCUUGGACACUAUACACAGGACUGAUAAUGCAUAGGAUCAAUAUAUGCAAACAUAUUCAUAUUAAUGGAAAGUGAUGUUGAAGUUGUCUACGCAUUGAUAUUUGUAAUAGAGUAUUACUAUUACUCAGUAAUGAUCUUUUUGAAAGGCAAAAUACAUUUUCAGGUUAAUCAUUUUUGGCAAUCUACAGGUUACACUGGUUAGUUGUCUUCAUUACUAUUAACCCAUCACCACAGAGGCUGCUAAACAUUUUCAACUAAUGCUGUAAUACUUCAAAUGGAUUUUAUAUUACAACAGUACAUUUGUAAUGCUGACUUUCUUGUAAUUAUAAAUAUCUUGAUGUCCUAUAACCAGGCUCACGUAAUGUGCGAGUAUGGUUUAGGCUGCAGAUCCAGUAACUAACAAAUUUGUUAGACUACCUGUCAUUAAAAAUCAUAAAUAUUUUAGAAAUCUCUUAAAAAUGUGUUUAAAAAUAUAAAAAAAAUAUAUAUAAUGUUUGUUUAUUAGGCAAAUACAAACUAAAUUCAUGUUUUUUGUAUCCAAAUUUAAGCUGGCACACUGGACUUCUCUAAGAAGUCAGAAAUUAAUGGAGCAUAACGUUAAACCACUAACACUAAUUUUUCUGUACAAGGUAUGUAAGCAUAUAACCCUAAUCUGGAAUCUUAAUCCAGAAAUACUUACUUUUUAUUACUGUUUUUUUCUGUUUUGGGUAAAACUGUAAAUUGGAAAAUUCAUGGACAACAACAGUAAUUAUAUUUUAGUAUUAAAAAUAUUAUUUACAUAAGGUAGUUUUAUAUACUGGUGGAUUAACCGGUACAGAAGCAUAAGAAAAUGAUUUUGGUAAUGACCAAUACUGUUAAUUUAGGGCAGCUGUGACAUAGACCUGACACCAGGUGGUAGUCUAAUAAAUUUGUUAAGCUUUCUUCCAACAGAAUAUUUCCUGUUUAAGCCUCAGAUAAGAAGCUGUAACAAACCUCAUACCGCCUUUUGUUUAUUAUCAUUUUGCAUGAAGUCUUUUACAUUGUACCUGCAAAGUUGCGUCACUUAAAACAUACAAAACAAUUUCUGUAUCAGUAGAAAACUAUACUUAGUUCAGGUUUUGAAAGAUUAGUCCACCAAAUGUUAACUUAAAUAACACAUACUCAAAAAACUAAAAGAAAAGGCAUUGCAUUAAGCUAAAACGAACUUUCUUUGGGAUUCAUGAUCAAAUGUGUGUUGAGGUUGCAGUUAUGUAGAAUGGUUUAAUAUGCAGGUUUAGGUUUUGUUUCAUUGGGAAAGCUGGUAGUUAUCUGCCACAUUACAUAUGUGUGUUUAUUUCUUUUGCAGAUUCUAUCAGUGUCUUUUUUUAUGGCUAAAUGAGUAAAUGGCACCAUGUCUGGAUAGAGUUUGUUUUAGCAACUCUUUUACCACAGUGUUAGCUUAACUUUGUGAGAAUGUUUUUGUUUGCUCUUUUUUUUUGGUUGGGUAUUUGGUUGUAAAAGAUUUAAGCUAUUUUUUUAAUUGUCUAAAAUGUAUAACAUAAAAUCUGGUAAACUAAACAUGUAGAAGGAAAUAAACCCUCUAGUUCUAUGGUUGCUUGUCAUUAAAUCAUAUCCAUGUUA